GGACGAUGGUCCGCGUGCAGUGAUCGAAUGACAAGGGGGUAGGUGCGCGCGUUUCUCCAUUCGAGGAUCGGCGCGCGUUGUCGGUGCACCUUCUGCGCCAGCGUAUCGGUGCCUUGCAAUACACACGAGCGGUGCGUCCUGCCGCGCGCGCCAACUGCCUAGGAGAGGAAGCGUAGCGACGGAGCCGAGCUAAGCUCGGCCUUCCUCGACCGACCGUAGGCGCAGUCUCUCAUCGUCAGUCUUUCUCGUCCCCAGCUCCGAGAGAGCACGCUUUCGGGGUCAGAACUAUCUUGGAGUGUGUCUACCUUGUCGCAACCCUCAACUAUCCCUCGGUCACCGACCUGUCAACGUCGCUACCGUUCUCUCUCGCUGUUUACGCGAUCCUUCUCACCGUGCUGUGUACAGUGUACUCUUGGGGAAAAGAUUAAAAAGUGUUCUCUUCGCUGGGUGCAAUCAGCCUCUCUCGACGUCUCGCGAGACGAGAAUAUAAACACAGUUGAGAUUUUAUUCCCUUUCUUUUUUCCCCUCCCCCUCGUUAUAUCUCGCGUUCUACAUCCCUAGACACCUAUUCCACUCUCGUUAAUUCCCCGCGUGUUACUUACUCCCCCACCGUUCCACUCGAAUCGGACCUUCGCGCGAGACGAGUAUACAGAGAAAGAGAGGGAGAGAAGCGUCAGAAGCAUGGUGGAUCAACAGCAGACGGAGCAGCAACAGGAAGCCGUGCCAAGCGUGGUGGAGCUGAACGUGGGCGGUGUAUUUUACACCACUGCGCUCACCACCCUCACUCGGGAAAGCGAUUCUCAUCUGGCCGCUUUGUUUUCGGGAAAAACGCCGGUAGAGAAGGAUGCCAAGGGGAAAUACUUCCUGGAUCGUGACGGGGUACUCUUCCGUUACGUCCUCGAUUUCCUGCGUAACCAAGCGUUGGUUCUGCCGGAAGGCUUUCGAGAGAAGGAGAGAUUGAAGCAGGAGGCGAAUUUUUACGGUCUGCCCGGCUUGGAACGUGCCAUUCUCGAAAAUGGCAAACCUUCCGGUUCCUUCACUUCCUCGGGGAAGAAAACACCCGGAUACAUAACACUCGGUUAUCGCGGAAGCUUCGCGUUCGGCCGCGAAGGUCUGGCGGAUGUGAAGUUCCGGAAGCUGUCGAGGAUCCUUGUAUGCGGCCGCGUCACACUAUGCAGAGACGUAUUCGGGGAGACGUUGAACGAGAGCCGUGAUCCUGACCACGGUAUCACUGACCGUUACACCUCCAGGUUCUUCCUCAAGCACAGCUCUAUAGAGCAAGCUUUCGACAUGCUUCAGGAGCAUGGGUUUAAGCUGGCCGGUAGCUGCGGUUCCGGCACAGCCGGCGGCAACUCGGAACAAUUGAAACCUGGAGUGGACUACGAGGAGAAUCGUUGGAAUCAUUACAACGAGUUCGUCUUUAUCCGUGAUUAAAUAGCAAUUCCUCGUUCUUCCUUGGUCUGAAUUAGAUAAAUCAAGUCGACUGUUAUAUCUGGUAAUAGUCGGUGUCCUAUCGACACACGAUCCACGAGAUUUCAUUCCAAAAAUCUCCGAAUUUUCCUUUCUGUCGCCGAUACAGAGAAGUUGGCUUCCUUCAAGAUGUUCCCUCUUUACGAACUGAGAUCGCAACCGGUAGGGUAAAAUAAAAGGAAAAGAAACCAAAAAAAAGAGUAGAUGAACUUUUUUCGUCGUAACACGAGCAUUGUGUGCAUGUACUAUUGAAAUUCAUCGAGCUAUACAUAGAACGACAAUGUCACGCAUCUCUCUUUCAACGAAAAAUAUACUCUUCGCUCGUUUCUUUCUGGGUCUGGAAAGGUUGUCGACGAAAAGAGUCACGUAACGGUGUCGUUAUCUGAACGAAGUUGCCUCGUUU